CUUGUUUGUUUUUUUCCUUUUCUUUUUCUUUAGCAUGAAUAGAUACCACAGUUUACUUCUAUCAGGGUUUACUUAAAUAUAUAUUAUUUCUAAAACCCAGUUUGCGGUGAUAAAUCCCGACAAUUAACAAAUAUUUUUAUUCAGGCACUUGAAGGUCUCCUCGCGGGUCCUAGUGAUCCUAUGUUUUUACAGGAGGGAAACUUCGCUAUCCAGUAGGCUACAGCUACAAACUGUUUGGAGUUUGAUUCACAUUUCUUUAAAAACAGUUGGCAGGAGAAAAUACGGUGGUUUAAAAAAUCUAAUUAAAGGUUCCUAUCCAUCAGUUUAAGGAGCGGCAGAAGUCAUGUCUGGUAUAGCUUUGAGUCGCCUCGCUCAAGAACGAAAGGCUUGGCGGAAAGAUCAUCCGUUUGGUUUUGUAGCUGUUCCAACCAAAAACCCAGAUGGAACGAUGAAUCUGAUGAACUGGGAGUGUGCCAUCCCUGGAAAGAAAGGGACACCGUGGGAAGGUGGCUUGUUCAAACUGCGGAUGCUCUUCAAGGACGAUUACCCGUCCUCCCCUCCAAAAUGUAAAUUUGAGCCGCCACUUUUCCACCCAAACGUAUAUCCAUCCGGCACGGUGUGUCUAUCCAUUCUAGAGGAGGACAAAGACUGGAGGCCAGCGAUCACGAUCAAGCAGAUCUUGCUAGGAAUCCAAGAACUCCUAAACGAGCCAAAUAUUCAGGAUCCUGCACAAGCGGAGGCGUACACAAUUUACUGCCAAAACAGAGUGGAAUAUGAAAAAAGGGUCCGAGCACAAGCCAAAAAGUUUUCUCCGUAAGCCUCGAUGUCGCUGUGACUGAAAGAACAUUGGACCGCGCGACCCUGCAGUACUUCCUGUCUGCUCCUCUCAUUACUCUUAUCCACUUUCCACUAAUUUCCAUGCAGGUGUGAUGAAAACUGAAUGUGCCAUUGUCAUGUCCAGUGACGCCCACCUAACCGAGCGCUCUAUGGGCUCAUAAUCUGACUGUCUUUUGGGGGGGAAAAAUAAAUAAAUAAGUGGACGUCACCGUCGCCACCUAUUGAAGUGAAUUUGCGCACAGGCGCUCGUUCCAGGACUCCUGGGGUGCCACGGCUCUGCACGAUUUCCCAUGUUUUCCCUCCUCUUGCACACUUGAAUCACAGCCUAAUUAGCUAAUGAGGUGAAACCGAGUGUGUUUGAUCAGGGAAAACGAAAUGACAUUUCUGUGGCUUUUCUCUUCGACAGGCCUGUCUCACGAAGCACGAUUUAUUGUUUAGCUAUCUAACUUUAAGCAUAGCUCGGUCUAACCCUGUGUGUACUGCCUCGUAGCGACGGAGCAGGUUUUACCAGGCUGCGUUGUCAUGGUAACCGCACGCCUCAACCCAUACCAGGCCAGGCGUAUGAGUUCAGGAUCACGGACAGUAAAGCAGCUCUUCGGCCGCCCGUUUGUUCCCUGACUUACCAAAUUCAGCAGUCCUCUCUGGAAAUGGUCUCAACAUUGUUUGAAAGUUUCACAGGUUUUAUGAGAGGGUCUCUUUGCAUGUCAAUGUUCAUUUUCCUUUUGGUUUUUCCCUGCUCUGGGCCAGGUAAGAUGAUUUGUGCAGUAUUAAAACCUAAGCUACUUUAAUUGAUCGACUAGCCACCAAUCAUGAAUGAACAGCUACUUUUCAGAUUAUCACUACAGCCCUGAGGUGACACGAGGCCACUUUUGCAAUAAGAUAAAUGUUCAGAUGUUGCGUAUGCCACUUCAUUUUGUGUAUAGGCUUGACUGUAUUUUAGGCACAGUGAUAAUAGGAAUAUUAUAUUAUCCACUAAGCUUCUUUGCUAAAAUCAGUAUGCUCAGUGGCUUCCUCUGUUCUCAUUCUUUUCCUUGUGUAUCUGACCUACAUGCUGUUUGCGUGAGCCUUGGUGUGUGCUCACAAGCUUGAAUACCAGAUAUCCUGGUUCAGAGUGUGUUCCACAGAUAAAAAAAAGUGGACUCGGUUAUUCACACACUGUGUUGGCAACUUGAUCAUAGAUGAUGCACUAUAUUGCCAAAAGCAUGUGGACACCCGACCAUCACACCCAUAUGCGGUUCUUCCACAAACAGUUGCUACAAAGAUAUCUCUGUAUGCUGUUUUCCCUUCACUGGAACUCAAACGUGUUCCAUCAUGACAAUGCCCCUGUGCACAAAGCGAGCUCCAUGAAGACAUGGUUUGAGAAGUGUGGAAGAAAGUGGAAGAACUAGAGUGUCCUGCACCGAGCCCUGACCUCAACCCCACUGCUCACCUUUGGGAUGAACUGGAACUGAAGCCUCCUCACAUCAACAUUUCACUAAUGCGCUGGUAGCUGAAUGAACACAAAUCCCCCACAGCCACGCUCCAGAAUCUAGUGGAAAGAUGUCCCAGAAGUGUGGAGCCUAUUUAACAGCAAAGUGGGAACAACUCAAUAAUAAUAAUAAUAAUGCCCAUGGUUUUGGAAAGGGAUGUUCAAUACUCGGGUGUCCGAAUACUUUUGACCAUAUAGCGCGCAUGCACAUGACGUAUCAAAAGUUUGGUUGGAGUUGCUAUUGGUAAAGUCAAGGCGCACACACUUUCCUGAACCAUCACUAUCAUUAGAUAUUACCUGCUUCUCAUACUCUUGUCCUGUUCAGGGCAUGGUACUUCCUGUUUGCUGAAAUGGUAAUUCACACUAAUUAAUGAAUUAAAAGGCAUUUUCUUGGAGACCUCUUCCUUGCCAGUAGCAAUGGCAUUUAUUAAAUUUUGGUUUGUAGUCAUAUUUUCUUAGUGCCUGAUCAUCUUCUGUAAAAUAUGGUGCCUGAGACCCCUCCAUGCUUCACACCAUCAACUGCUCGCAACAAACCCGUGUAAUCCUUGAUCGUGUAAACUUGGAUCGACAGAACCCACAGUAAAUCGAAUUGCAUUCGCGACACAUUUAUAGCAUACACUGUAUGUUAUACAGUCUAAAUAGGUUAGGGACGCAGUUAAUGUUAAACCUGCUUCGUGAGACACUUCCCUGGUCAGAAGAUGAUGAGCAUACGUUGUUUAUAUUUGCUGCAGAGCUUCAUAUGUGCAAAAAAAGAAAGAAAAGAAGGCACUGAAAAUGAUCCACAUGAAACAUGAUUAAGGUAAUUUUGUUGUGCUCAUGUUUUUUUUUUUUUCUUUUCUCCCCCCCUCCUCCCCAAUCUGGCCUCCGUUUAUUCUCUUCAGCGAUUUUAAUGAUAUAAGACAUGCUGUUACUUAAACGUCAGUAUUCCAACUGCUGUAAAAUGUUGCUUUUAUACUUUAAUGAUUUUUUUUUAAUUAGUGUGUCUAUAUUACUUUCCAUUCCUGGUGUGGGCAGUGUAGACAGCAUGUUGUAAUAUACAGUAUGAUAGAUUUUUGCUGCCUUGGCCAACUUAAAAAAAAAAAAAAAAAAAAAAAAAAAAAAAGCCCACUGAGUAAAAACUGAAAGAUAUACAGUGAUCUGUGUCGGUGUUUUUGUUCUUGUAAGUGUUUAGAGUAAAUAAAAUGUUUAUACAUUGCCAAACUAGUUUUGUCUAUCUGGAUGAAAUGUUUGUGAUUAAAAUGCUGUCUGUGAAGGAUCUACAACUGCUUACAGUGCUGGGGAAAAAGUACUUCUUCUGCUUUUGUGUAUAUCCCAUACAGAAUUGUUUCAGAAAUUAAAACAAAAUCUAAGAUAAAACAAAGGCAACCUGAGUAAGCACAAAAUACAGUUUUUAAAUGAGAAGUUGGUUAAAAGGUCUUAGGUCUAUGGCACAAUUGAAAGAAAUUCCAGAAAUGAUGAGGAAGAAGGUGAUUGAAAUGCAUCGGUCUGAGAAGGGUUACAAAGCUAUUUUAAAGGCUCUGGGAUGCCAAAGAACCACAGUGAGAGCCAUUAUCUCCAAACAGAAAACCCUGACACAGUAGUGUUCCUUCACAGAAGUGUCUGACCUUCCAAAAUUCCUCCAAGAGCACAGCAACAACUCAUCCAGGAAGUCACAAAAGACAAGGACAACAUUAAAGGAGCUACAGGCCUCUCUUGCAUCAAUAAAGGUCACUGUUCAUGACUCCACUAUCAGAAAGACACUGGGCAAAAAUGGUAUCCAUGGAAGAGUGGUGAGGUGAAAACCACUGCUAACCCAGAAGAACGCACCUUGAUUCGAUUCAAUUCAAUUUUAUUUGUAUAGCGCUUUUUACAGUAGACAUUGUCUCAAAGCAGCUUUACAGAAAUAUAUAAACACGGUAUCCAGAUAUUAAAAGUGCGAAUUUAUCCCAAUUGAGCAAGCCGGUGGCAAGGAAAAACUCCCUAAGAUGUUAAGAGGAAGAAACCUUGAGAGGAACCAGGCUCAGAAGGGAACUUUCCUCAUCUGGGUAACAACAGAUAGUGUGGAAAAAGUUCGUUAUGGUUUUAUAUGAAGUCUGUUUGGCCUUAGAAGCAGCCGUAGUCCCAGAAAUCUGGAAUUGGAGUAGAUGAUCCUCAAACCUUUUGGGAAUGUUCUGUGGACUGAUGAGUGGAAAGUGGAACUGUUUGGAAGACAGGGGUCAUGUUACAUCUGGCGUAAUCCAAACAGAAUUCCACAAAAAGAUCAUACCUACGGUCAAGCAAGGUGGUGGUAGUGUGAUGGUGUGGGGAUGCUUUGCUGCUUCAGGGCCUGGGCAACAUUGAGGGUAACAUUAAUUCUGCUCUCUACCAGAAAAUCCUAAAGGAGAAUGUCCGGUCUUCAUUCUGUAAAUUGAAACUCAAACGCAACUGGAUUCUGCCGUAAGAAAAUGAUCCAAAGCAUGGGAGUGAGUCCUAGUCCUAGAAGUAAGUGAAAGACUGAUCUCCAGUUAUCAGAAGCGUUUGGUUGCAGUUAUUGCUGCUAAAGGUGGCACAGAUUUUAAGUUUAAGGGGGUAAGUAGUUUUUCACCCAGGUGAUAGGUGUUUGAUAACUCUUUUUACUUCAAUAAAUAAAUAACCAUAUUAUGUUUUUCAAGUUCCCUUUGUU